AUGGCUGUUCGUCGUCUAUUCCUGUUUAUUUCUACGUUGGCUAUGGCAUGCUGCUGUGCCAUCGCUUCAGAUCCCAGCCUUCUCCAAGACUUCUGCGUUGCAGGCAAGAUGUCUCAAGUUAACGUUAAUGGAUUUGCCUGCAAAGAUGCAAAAGAUGUAGUUGCCGAGCACUUCUUCUUCUCCGGCCUUCACAUGGCUGGCAACACCAGCAACAAGCAGGGCUCCGCCGUGACAGCAGUCAAUGUUGCGCAGAUCCCUGGGUUGAACACCAUGGGGAUCUCCAUGGUCCGUAUUGAUUAUGCUCCCAAAGGACUCAACCCGCCUCACACGCACCCUCGCGCCACUGAGAUACUAGUUGUGCUUGAGGGAUCACUCUAUGUUGGUUUUGUGACCUCGAACCCAAACAACACACUGAUCGCAAAGGUUGUCAACAAGGGUGAUGUUUUUGUGUUCCCAAAGGGCCUUGUCCACUUUCAGUAUAACUAUGGCACGGACAAUGCUGUAGUUCUUGCCGCCUUGAGCAGCCAAAACCCUGGGGUAAUCACUAUUGCCAACACAGUAUUUGGGUCCGAUCCAUCCAUAUCAGAUGAUAUCCUUACCAAGGCCUUUCAGGUCAAUCAAAAUACGGUUGACUGGAUUCAAGCUCAGUUCUAA